AUGUUGCUGCUGUUGCUAGUCGCAAGCAUUGCGUUUAUUUCAGCGCGUGUUCGAGCAGUGCAGCUAAUCUGCCCACGGCACGCGGACGUGUGCCACCUACAGGACUGGAACGUUGCGUCCGACGGGUACGCCAUACUCGACCAGCUGAACGACACCACCGGAUUGCUCAGUUUAAAUCAAUUGCUUACCCCGAUUCUGGACGGACCGAUACUGAGAAGAUUGGCACCCUUUGGCAAUAUUACUGUAUACCGGUCCGAUGUGGAAACACUGCACCUGACCACGGAUUGUACGCUGCAAAGCAUCUCCCUGCACCGUACUGAACUCAGCAGCAUCAUAUUCGAGGCCAAUGCUCACCUGCACGCGCUAGACAUUGCCUUCGCACCACUAGCGGCGGUACCUUCCACGCUGGCCAAGCUGGAGAAUCUGAAGCAGCUUGUAAUAAGCGUCACUCAAAUCGCUGAGCUUGAUUUAACCGUGUUCUACCCGCUGAAGGAGCUGCUCCAUCUCGAGUUCACCCAGAACCAACUGGCCAGCUUGGUUGGAGCGCCCCCCGGUGAGCACGUGGCAUCGAAGGUGAGCAAAAUAUUAAUACGCCUCAACCCGCUUACCACGGUCGAUCUGAACCUGUUUGCACCCUUUGGCGAGCUGGAGUUUUUGGACCUUACGAGCAACAGGAUAAAAAGCCUCUCCGGCAGUUUACGCGCACACCAGCUCAAGCACAUCUCGCUUGUGUCGAACGCGCUGCGCAAGCUUGACCUGUGCCCGUGGGAUGUGUUGGGCAGUGUGGCAUGGUUGGAGCUGUCCUUCAAUCGACUGCAGCAGAUACCGGCCUGCCUGCAGAAGCUGCCGAACGUGACGGAGCUGCUGUUCGAUCACAACCGCAUCACUCACCUGCCGCUGGAAUCGUUUGCGGAUCUUGCGCAGCUUCGCGAGCUACACUUGUCGUUCAACCAAAUAGCGACGAUUUCGUUCGGAUCUCCACUGCCUGAGCGGUUGCGGCGGCUCGAACUGUUCCAUAACUGUCUGUGUGAUUUUCCAAUGCCAAGCAAUCUGUCCACGCUACUGGUUGACGGCUUACAUGCGCACGGUGCUGGUAAUGGCAGUGCGAAGCUUAACUGUAGUCACUGUUGA